GUACAGAAUCCAGAAAUAUGCCUUUUACAGCCAGAUGAGCACACCACAUGGUUACAGCUGGAUAAAUGAACCCCAUUUAUAACUUGUUUGUCACAAGUGGACAGUUUCUGCUCUGGCGCAGUUAGGUGAGCUUAGCCACACAAGCACUGCAACGCUGUUGGUCCACAUCUGCCAGGACACUGACUCAUAAAGUUCAGCCUGGGACCCUGAACAGCUCAGAGGGAGGAGCCAGACCAGAAGUUCCUCAUACUCUGCACUCUUUUAUCUGGACAAUGGCUGCAUAACGACUGCUCCAUAAUGACAGUGGGUGGGACGCUGAUAUACACCAGGAUCACUCUUCUGCUGCUCUCGCUUGGGGUAUCUCUGUCCAUUCAUGGCCUCUCCCAGGCCAGGCCCUCCCAGCAUUUCAGCUCCCCGGAAGUGGUGAUCCCCUUGAAGGUGACCAGCAGGGGUAGAGGUGCAAAGGCUCCAGGAUGGCUCUCCUACCGCCUGCGGAUUGGGGGCCAGAGGCACAUUGUCCACAUGAGGGUCAAGAGGCUGUUGGUUUCCACACACCUCCCUGUGUUCACCUACACAGAGCAGCAUGGCCUCCAGGAGGAUCAUCCCUUUGUCCCUGAUGACUGUUACUAUCAUGGUUACGUGGAGGGGGUCCCUGAGUCUCUGGUUGCCCUCAGCACCUGUUCUGGAGGUUUUCAAGGAAUCCUACAGAUAUACAGCCUCCCUUAUGAAAUCAAACCUAUUGGGCACUCUACAACAUUUGAACACCUCUUGUAUCAGAUAGUUCAUGAUAACACAGAAUCAUCAUAUUUGAAAUGUGGGUUAACAGAAGAGGCAAUAGAACAUCAACUGGAGUUGCAAGCAUCAUAUAAUUCUACUCUGAAACAAAGUUCUAUUUCAGGAUGGUGGACUCACUGGCGGUUUGUUGAACUGGCAGUAGUUGUGGACCAUGUUAGAUUUCUUUACUCCCAAAGUAAUGUGUCAGUGGUGCAGUAUGAAAUAUUUCAUGUUAUCAAUAUAGUAGACGAAUUUUAUCACCCUAUACAGGUUGAUAUAACUUUGACUGGUAUUGAGAUCUGGAAUAAAGGAAACCCAAUUUCAACCAGUAAGGCUUUAGAAGAACUGCUAUCAGAUUUUGCUAUUUGGAAGCAUUCACAUCUUGAUCCCCAUCUUCAGUAUGACACUGUACAUCUUUUCAUAAAUGAAAAAUAUAACGCAACAGUUGGUAUGGCCUAUAUUGAAGGAAUAUGUGAUCCCCCUUUUAACUGUGCAGUUAGUGUUUUUGAAAGCCAAGACUUAUUUCUUUGUGCACUUACUAUGGCCCAUGAACUUGGUCAUAAUUUGGGUAUGAGGCAUGAUGAUCAGUGGUGCGCAUGCGAAGUAGAGUGGUGCCUAAUGUACACCUACAGACGGAAUACAACUAAAUUCAGCAACUGCAGUUAUGCGCAAUAUUAUGAUACUACCAGGAAUCCUGGAAUGUGUAUUCACUCUCCUCCAUAUACAGGGUAUGUCUCUGGGUUGAAGUUCUGUGGGAACAGGGUGGUCGAAGAAGGAGAGGAGUGCGACUGUGGAUCUGUACAUCAGUGUGAACGUGAUCCCUGUUGUCUUUUGGACUGUGCUCUGAGGCCUGGCGCUGCUUGUGCUUCUGGCAGUUGUUGCAAAGACUGCAAAUUCUUGCCACCAGGGACUUUAUGUAGACAGCAGGUCAGUGAAUGUGACCUUCCAGAGUGGUGCAAUGGGACAUCACACGAGUGCCCGGAUGAUGUAUAUAUACAGGAUGGCACCCCCUGUAUGGGUGGUGCCUCCUGCUAUGCAAAGACAUGUAAUAACCCUGAUGUUCAGUGCAAGGAGAUUUUUGGCCGAGAGGCAAGGAGUGCGUCUGAGAUUUGCUACAGUGAAGUGAACACCCAAGGAAAUCGUUUUGGCCACUGCGGUAUCGUAGAAACAACAUAUGUAAAAUGUAUGGCUCCUGAUAUCAUGUGUGGGAGAAUUCAGUGUGAAAACGUCCACAAAGUUCCCAAUCUGAAGGAACACUCUACCGUGCACCAGUAUCACUUCAAUGAUACCACUUGCUGGGGCACUGAUUAUCACUUAGGGAUGUCCAUACCUGACAUUGGUGAGGUGAAAGAUGGCACGGUGUGCGCUCCAGGAAAGAUCUGCAUUGGCAGGAAAUGUGCCAGUGUGAAUCCUGUGCCACAAAACUGCGAGCCCCUGCAUUGCAGCCUGAGAGGAGUCUGCAAUAACAGACAGCACUGCCACUGUCGCCACGGGUGGGCACCUCCCAACUGCAGCUAUGAAGGCCAUGGAGGGAGCGUGGAUAGCGGUCCACCUCCUACAAACAGGAGGGAAGGAUUAAGCGUGGUAGGAAAUGUGGGUUACACUUCGGUAUUACUUGUGAUUCCUUUGAUUGCUAUAAUUUUAUAUUGCCUUUUUGUACUGUGUAAGAAAGAAAAGGAUAGAAAUAAAGAAGUUGAAAUAACAGAGGAAGCAGAAUCCACAGAAACAGAAGAAUAUUGAGCACACAAAAAGGGAUCAGGUGAAACAAAACUGGAAGAAAGGAGAGCAAAGAAAAGAGAACAGCAGGAAAGGGAGACAAAGUGGAAGCCCAAGGCUCAUACUUCCUUCAACAGGAUCUCUUUUACUUUGAUUGUAAGGAAACUGGACUCAUCUAACCAUUUGGACAAAAAUUCAAUAACAACUCAUGGCAAUCCCGCAAGCAUUAGAUAUCACAACACCGGAUUCCUACAUGGUUUUACAUACUUUUCAAUGUUUGAAGCAACAUUAAACAUUCAUUUUCCCAAAGUUGUCUCACUAUGUUCUCAAGCAAAAGCCUAGAAAAGCCCUACUUUAAAGCUGCUCACUCUCUCAGUUCUAAACCUCCUCUCAUGUCUGGGAUGUGUGCCCACCUAGCACAUUUCUGUUUGGUACAGUUGGCUGUAAACAAGGGCCCAUAAGAAAUAACCCAGAGUGACAGAUGGCAGGAGAAGGUAUUUUUCUUUCCUUUGUAUUUAGCAUUUCUGACAGCAUCAUUUUUGGCUGCAGCCAUUCACCCUCGUGGGCCUGGUUGUUUUUGGAUUCCAGUUUUGUCGUUACUCUGUUCUUCCUUAGAAGUACCAGCAGCUGUUAGUCACCAACUCUCUCAGUGUCUGUAUUGCAGAUUGGAUUGGCUGGGUGUUCCUCCUGUGAGUUCCUGAAGCCCCAGAACCAGCUGAGUAUCAUGUCCUCCUUAGAGAUCUCAGUCCCUGUUUCACAGGGGGCUUCUUGUGAACUCCUCUGCUCUGGUGAAUACAAUCUCUUGCCUCUGUCUUGCUGACCCUAGAGGGUUUUAGGGGCCUUCUGUAAUCACCUUCUUUGUUGUAGUAAGUUGUGUUAUCCAGAAGCACACACUGAAUUGGGGUUUAGAGUGAAAGAUCCUGACACCAACAGCUGCGUAAAUGAUGGUUAUGAACUCAGUAUUAUGAAUGGGAAAUUGAAUUACAUUUUCGCAUUGGCUAGUCAGGCAGCAAAAUGUUGUUUGAUAGAGUUUUUGGAGUUGUGUCAAAAUGAUCUGAUCUUCUCAUUCAGUCCUUGCUCAGUCAUGAAUAUGGAUGCCCUGGGAAGGGUAUGAGCCUGUUGGGGCAUCUCUCUAAACUGAGGUCAAACCAAAGAGCUCAUAUCUGGGUUCCCUAAUGGAGAUCUUAAGCCUUGCCAGUGCUCAUCAAGACUUUGCUGGAAGGCAUAUCUAGGUGGCUUUUUUGGAUACUCCACAGUGCAGUAUUAGCACAGCUCUGAUCUGCUUUUGCAAAUAUGUCCUGGCAACAACCUCCCGGAUUCUUGUGGAUGCCUCUGCCUGUGGGGCACAUUAAAAGUGGGAAGUUAGUAGGAAGAACCACAGUCUACAUUCUGUUUGCUAGUGGGGAUGAAAGUAUACUUAUUGUUUCUCUAAUCCAGUGUUCCCAUUUCCCUCACUGUGAUGGCAAGUAUUCUGAUAGCUUUAGUUGAUUUCCAUGUGUCAUGAUGCAGAUCCUUAUCACCAACCUGAGCACGUAGUCACUGUAGCCUGCCAGGUUGGGAUUGCCGAUCCUAUGCAUUCAUACCUACCACUGGGUUUGUGAACCAAGAAGUUCCUGAGGAGAUCACUUGGGUUUUGCACCUUCACCUUGGUAUUCCUGUCUUAUAACAGCAGCCCUUGAUGAUUAGGCUCAGUUACCCCUAUCAAGGGUUGAUCCCUCUUUUUGUUGCUGUUAUGAAGACACACUGGGUUCAGAAUUCCCAGGUGAUAGUGCCAUUUUAUAAAGCAUUAUGAUUCUAACUUUAUACUCAUAAGAUUAACCAUACACUAAGUAAAGAGUUCAACAAAUUAUAUCUAGGAGAAAAAAAACACCAUUCCUCAACAGUUGAGACAAGGGGUUAAAAAUCCUCACAUCUCAAAGUGUCGAUUUCAUUCCUAUAGAUUGCCUUUUAGGUACUCUAUUAGUUAUUACAGAUCAGGGGAAACAUAUGGUCUUUGUUUUUGGGACUGGCUUAUUUCACUAAGUAUAAUGGUUUCCAGUUGCAUCCAUCUUAUUGCAAACAACAAGAUUUCAUUUUGCUUUUUUUUUACUGCUGUGUAGUAUUCCAUUGUGUAUACAUAACAUAAUUUCUGAUAUCAGGUCUUCUGUUGAUGGGCAUCUGGGUUGAUUCUAUAUGUUAGCUGUUGUUAAUUGAGCUGCAAUAAACAUGGAGUACAGAUAACUCAUAUGCUGACAAAUUCCAAGGAGUGGAAUGGCAAGGUCAUAUGGUAGGUCUAUAUUCAGAUUUCUCCAUAUUGUGUUUCACAGUGGCUGUACCACAUUACAUUCCCACUAAUAGUCGAUUCAGGUACCUUUUCUCUCACAUCUGUGCCAGCAUUUGUUUUUGUUGAUUUCUGUAUGAGAUCCAUUCUAAGUAGGGUGAAGUGAUCUCAUUGUGGUUUUGAUUUGCAUUUCCCUGAUGCCUAGUGAUCCUGAGCAUUUUUUCAUGUGACUGUUGGCCAUUUUAAUUUCCUCUUUUGAAAAAUGCCUGUUCAAUUUCUUUGUCCACAUCCAGCUUCAUUCUAAUGUGAUCAGAAAAGAUGCAUGGAAUGAUUUUGAUUUUUUUGGAAUUUGCUGAUACUUGAUUUAUGUCCUAGAAUAUGAUCUAUCCUAGAGAAAGUUCCAUGCUUCUGCAAGUAUAUGUUCAAAGGUUCUGUAGGUAUUAAUUAGGUCCAUUUGGUCCAUAGUGUCAAUUAGCUCUGUUGUUUCUUUGUUGAUUUUCUGUCUAGUUGAUCUGUCCAUUGAUGAAAGUAGGGUGUUGAAGUCUCCAAUUACUAUUGUGUUGGAGUCUAUGUCUCCCUUUAGAUCCAUUAGUAUUAGUUUUAAAUAGCCAGGCACCCAGGCAUUGGGUACAUAUACAUUUAUUAUAGUCACAUCUUCCUGUUGAAUUGAUCCCUUAGUCAUUAGAUUGUGCCUUCUUUGUCCCUUUUAACAGUGUUUUUGUUAAAGUCUGCUUUGUCUAAUAUUAAGUUCAGUACACCUGGUCAUUUCUGAUUUCUGUUAUCAUGGAAUAUCUUUUUCCAUCCUUUCACUUUCAAUCUGUGUGCAUCUUUGUAGAUGAGGUAUUUUUUUUGUAGGCAGAAAAUAGAUGGGUCUUAUUUUUUAUUCAUUCAGUCAGUCUGUAGCUUUUCCUGGACAAUUUAGAUUACUUAUAUUCAAGGUAACUGUUAAUAAGUAAUGACUUGGCCCUGCCAUUUUUUCCCAUAAAUAUUCCUAAUGUUUACUUUGGAUUUCCUUUGUACUUUUAUUGGAAGAUUUUCUGCCUUCACAUUCUUCCUCCAUAAUGAUGUCCAUCAGUCUGUGUUUCUGUGUGUAGCACAUUCUUAAACAUCUUAUGUAAGGCUAGAGGAAUGUUGACAAAUUCUCUUAAUUUCUGUUUGUUAUGAAAGGUCUUUAACCUUCAUUUGUAAAUGAGAGCUUUGCAGGGUACAGUGUUCUGGCUUGACAGUUUUUUCUCUCAAUAGUUGAAUGAUGUCUUUCCAUUGUUUCCUAGCGUGUAGGGUUUCUGAUGAGAUGUCAGCUGUAAGUCUGUUUGAAGAUCCUCUGAACAUUUUACGGCAUUUCUCUCAUGUGCAUUUUAGAACCUUUUCUUUAUGUUUUACUAUGGAAAGUUUGAGUACAAUGUAUCAUGGUGAAGAUCUUUUCUGGUUAUGUCUAUUAGGAGUUCUAUAUGCUUCUUGUCUUGGAUGUCUCUGUUUUCUGUAAAUAUUUCACUAGAAAGGCCUUCUAAUCCAUAUUCUCUUUCCACACCUUUGGGAACUCCUAAAAGCCUAUGUUGGGUUGUUUUAUAGUUUCCCAUAAAUUUCCAAUGCUGUUUUUAAUUUUUCUAACAUCUGAUUUUUUUUGUCUGACUGAAAUAUUUCCAGAAAUUUGUCUUCUAGCUUAGAUAUUGUUUCUCCUGCCUCACCUAGUCCAUUGUUAAGGCUCUCUACCAUUUUCUAAUUUGACUUAUAGAAUUCUUUUUUUAAAAAUGUUUAUUUUAUUUAUAUGAAAGAGGGGGGCUUCCAUCUGCUGAUUCACUCCCCAAAUGGAGCUGAGUCGAUCCAAAGCCAGGACCCAGGAGCUUCUUCUGAGUAUCCCACAUGAUGCAGAGGCCUAAGGACUUGGCUCAUCCUCCACUGCUUUUCCAGGUGCAUUACCAGGGAGUUGUAUCAGAAGUAGAGCAGCCGAGAGUCGAAUCAGUGCCCAUAUGGGUUUACUGGCGUUGCAGGCUGCUGCUUUAGUCCACUGUGCCACAGUUCUGGCCCUAGAAUUCUUCAUUUCUACUAUUUUAUUUUUAUUUCUCUUUAAAAUAUCAAUUUCAUGGGAAAAUUUUUCAUUCAUGUCAUGUAUGGAUUUCUUUAUUUAUGGAUUUGCUUCUGAUUGUUUAUGAGUAAUUUGAUUAAUCUUUAGAAUUCCAUUUCAGGCAUUUCAACAAUCUCUUCAUCUUCAUAUUCUAAUAUUGAGUGUUGUGUUCCUUUUGGAGGGGUAUCAUGUUUUCUUCCUUAUUCUUGUUUCUUGAAUUUCUGCAUUUAGUUUUUGGCAUUUGUGGAAAUACUUGUUGCUUUUUUUCCUCUGAUGGCUUUUAUCUUUGAGCUAUACCUCUGUGGCUUAGUGGAAUGUCUGCUCUUUCAGCAAAUACCCAGAAGUGUGUUCUUCAUGUGGCCAGGGAGCUUAGGUCAAUCCUCCAGGGUGGGGUAGUAUCCAGGGCCAUACCCAAGUUCGGUGUGGUAGAUCUCCUCUUGUUCACAUAAGGGGAGAUAUGGUCACGUUUCUUGGUGUGGUCACACCCUUCCCUCCUCUCUUUCAAGGUGAUCAAUGCCUGGUAUUAGCUCUCAGUGGGUGCAGUACUCAUCUGUGUACUGCAUGAACUGCACAAAGGAUCUGUGCAGUCCUCAGUGUGAGCACAGAUCCUGCUGCAAUGACCCAACCCAGGCAAUCAGGGAACUCUGAGUGUAUAGCCAUACAUAGUGAUUGCCCAGAGACUCAGCUCUACCCUGCAUCUACUCAUGCAGUCAGAGUCUUUACUGUUCCAUUGUCUUAGCAUUCAGGACUCCCACAGUCACGGGGUAUACAGGAGCCACUCUGCCCCUCUAUCCUGUCCCAUCCACAGAGAGGAUGAGACUUCCCAGAGUCUGUUUGCCUGUAGGUGCUCUGCCUAGGAGGUUUGGGCCCCAGAGGCCCCAGAGCCUGUGAUAUGUUGAGAGGCUUGGGACACUUCACAGACAUAUGUGGGUGCCCUGCCCUCACUCUUCCUUAAAUCCUCCCAGCAAGACUCAAAGUCAGGAGGGAACAUGGAUUUUUCCUUGGAUCACACUGUGUGCAAUAGCAGCCAGCCACCUCCCUACUCAUGUCACAGUCAUUCUAGGUACACAUAGGGGUCUCUGCAGCCAGUGCUAAUGUCAGAAUGGCUCCUACUUCCUAGCUGUUGCUGGGUGUGCACACUGGACCAGCUGUGUUUGCCUCUGCUGACAAGAUGGCUACUGUUACUGCCAGUUACUAGAUGUAUCCACAAGAGCUACUACCUACUUAAAUCCAAAAUGGUGCUCACCCUCACUCAGCCAGUUGCAGGGUGCUGUUGUGGGGGCAUGGGGAGAGGGAUAUGUACCAUUUUUCUUUUUCUCUGGGUAAGUGGGCACCCUGCUCCCCUCAGGGCUCUGGGCUGGACUCAAAAACAGUGUAGUCCACUGGGUUCUUCUUCCAGCUAUGUCACCAGUGGCACAGUCCACUGAAGUCUGAUCUCACCUUGCUCUCCACAGCUGGUGCUUUCUCUUGUGUUUAUAAUUUCAAAAUCUUGAUAAAAUGAUGUUCUUAUCAAUGUAUAAUGUGCUUCUUUGUGUCUUUUUACAAUUUUUCAUUUAAAGUCAGUUUUUAUCUGAAAUGAGCAAGAUACUCUUGUUCACUUUUGUUUUCCACGGUUUUUCUUUUUCUAAUCCUUUACUUCCAGUCUAUAUAUAUCUUCAUCUAUGAAGUGAUAGUUUUGUAGGCAAGUAUAUGGUUGGGUUUAGUUUUUUUUUUAUUCCGAUCAAAUUACACAGGAGACUUUAAUUCCUUUAAAGUUAAAGUGAAUAUUGAAAUAAAUAACUACUGCCAACUUGGUGAUUACUUACUGAUUUUUUUUGACAGGCAGAGUUAGUGAGAGAGACAGAGAGAAAGGUCUUCAUUCCGUUGGUUCACCCCACAAAUGGAUGCUACGGCUGGUGUGCUGCGGCCGGCGCUGUGCCUAUCCAAAGCCAGGAGACAGGUGCUUCCUCCAGGUCUCCCAUGCGGGUACAGGGCCCAAGCACUUGGGCCAUCCUCCACUGCCAACCCGGGCCACAGCAGAGAGCUGGACUGGAAGAGGAGCAACUGGGACUAGUAUCUGGUGCCCCAACUGGAUCUAGAACUCGGGAUGCCGGUGCCACAGGUGGAGGACUAGCCAAGUGAGCUGCAGCGCCGGCCACCAAUUGUUUUAUAUGUAUCUGUUGCUUUGUUCCUGUCUUGUUAUUUCUCCAUAUGUUUUGGUAGCUUAAUGUCAUGAUUGGUUGGAUUCUCUUCUGUUUCUCUCUUUGUGUAUGUGACUGAUAGUUAAUUUUUUCUGGUUAUACAUUUUUCCUGAUGGUGGUUAUGAUUCUGUGACUCCCUUCAUUAUUUAUUGUUGGGCUAAUCUAAUGGUGAUGAAGUCUCUCAGUUUUUGCUUGUCUGGAAAAGAGUCUAUUUCUCCUUCACCUCCAAAGGGUAGUUUGCUUGAUAUAGUAUACUUUGUUGGAAGAUUUUAAAAAAAUUUCUAGAUUAUGACUAUAUCAUUCCAUUCUCUUCUGGAUUGUAGGGUUUCUGUUGAGUCUUCUGUUAGUCUAAUAGAUGUUCCUCUAUAUGUAUUUUUGUAUUGGUAUUUGGUAUUUUUCCUUCAUUGUCUUUAGGAUUAGCUCCUGUCCUCACUUUGUCAAUUUGAGUAUGUCUUGGAGAAUCUCGGUUUUGUUUUAGUCUGGUUGGGCGGGCCCUUUGAGCUCCCUGUAUCUCCUUGUCUGUAUCUCUUCUAACAGUUGGCAAAUUGUCAACCAUUACAUUAUCUCAGUGCAUUUUAUUUUCUAUUUUUCCAUGGUAUUCCUAUAAUACAAAUACAUAUACAUUUAAUAUUAUAUCUAGUAGGCUUUAUUUAUUCUUUUUCCUUUAUUUUUAUCCAACUGGUUUUUUUCCCAAAAAUCUUGUCCUCAAGAUCAGAAAUUCUUUCUUUUUAAAGGAAAUAUUUACUCAUUUGAAAGUCAGAGUUACAGAGAUGGAGAUGGAGAGGGAGAGGGAGAGGGAGAGGGAGAGGGAGAGGGGAGGGAGAGGGAGAGAGAGGGAGGGAGAGGGAGGGAGAGAGACGGAGAGAGAGAGAGAGAUUGAGAAAUCGGUUGAUUUGUUUGAUUUCAUCCUCUGGUUCACUCACUAGGUGGCUGCCACACCUGGGACAGUACCAGGCUGAAUCCAGGAGCUGGGAGCUUCUUCCAGUUCUCCCACAUGGCAGGGAGGAGCCCAAACACUUGGGCCAUCUUGCAUUGCUUUUUCCAGGCACAUUAGUAUGGAACUGGGUUGGAAGUGGAGCAGCUGGGACAUGAACCAGUGCCAUAUGGGAUACUGGCAUUGUAGGCAGCAGUUUUACCUUCCAUGUCACAAUGCUAGCCCACAGAAAUCUUUCUUCUGCUGAUCAUUUUUACUGAUUUUGCACUAGUUGGUGCAAGCCUGCAUUAGUGGUAUGCAGACGGGUCCUUCCCAGGUCCCAGGGGGUGAGCACAGGUGUCCUUGGUACUUACAGAACCAUCAGUCAUGGGAUCAGAGCUACAGGAUGCAUUAGAGUCCUUCCCCAAGUCUCAAAUUUCAAAUGCAGAUCAUGCUAACAAAUAUAACGCUAGUAGUUACAGUAUUGGAUCUGCAAGGAUAGAGGGAUACUUUCCUCAAUCCCGUGAGACAACUGUGGGUCAUAUUAGGUAUUAUGCACUCACAGAGCCCAGUUUGAAACAGGAAGGCAGAACCUCCUGGUCCCACCAGUGAGUUCAAGUUAGCCAUGGCUCAAAACUACAGUAUAGAGAACAGAUUGCACCAGUUUCCACAGGGCAUGAAAGGGUGUUGAUUCGGCUUGUUCUCUGGCAACCAAGCACCCUUUGAUAUGCAAUGCAAAAGGGGAAUUCUUCGGGUCUGGACCUCUGGGCUUGGAUAUUGUCUCUGUCUAGACCAAAAAUCCAAGAGUUUUGGGUCUAGACAAUGAGUGGAUUUCCACAGGAUGUGCGAAGAGUAAUCUUGGCUCUGACGCUUGUGCCUAUGAAUCCUGCAGCUGAUGUCUGCCCUAUGAAGUGCCCUGGCUGUAGCUCUGGGAUUUGUUACAGAGAUGGGGCAGCCUGGUGUCUUCUAGGACCAAAUGGAGCUUAGUAGGUACUGUUCUGCAGAGGCUUGAGCCUAGGGCUUUGGGUGGGCAGCAGUGAGGCUUCUUUAUAUAAAGUAAAUCUGUCAGUCAGACCCCAGUAAAUUUGCUAGCCAGGAUUAAUGUCAGUUUCCCAGGUUUUGAAAUUCUUUUUUCUUUCUUUUUUUCUUUCCUUUUUUUAAAACUUUUAUUUAAUGAAUAUAAAUUUCCAAAGUACGGUUUAUGGAUUACAAUGGCUUCCCCCCCAUAACGUCCCUCCCACCCGCAACCCUCCCCUCUCCCACUCCCUCUCCCCUUCCAUUCACAUCAAAAUUCAUUUUCGAUUCUCUUUAUAUACAGAAGAUCAGUUCAGCAUACAUUGAGUAAAGAUUUCAACAGUUUGCUCCCACAUAGAAACAUAAAGUGAAAAAUAAUAGAUGAUUUUUUUUCUUUUUUUUUCCUUUUUUGGAAUUCAAAGUCAAGUUUAUUCUGGUGCAAAACCAAUUUUGAAAUCCAUAUGCAUAAUUUUUUCAUAACAUGCAUUUCCAUGAACUUUUUGAAGACCCUGUCAUCUGUUUUGUGUCAGUGAAAUUGUACGUAUAUUUGUGAUUAUUCUCUAUUUAUGGAAAGUGGUACCUGUUUUUCAUCUACGGAGCACGUAAAACUGUAUUUUUAGGCUGGUGCCACAGCUCAAUAGGCUAAUCCUCCACCUUGCGGCGCCGGCACACUGGGUUCUAGUCCCGGUUGGGGCACUGAAUUCUGUCCCGGUUGCCCCUCUUCCAGGCCAGCUCUCUGCUGUGGCCUGGGAGUGCAGUGGAGGAUGGCCCAAGUGCUUGGGCCCUGCACCCCAUGGGAGACCAGGAGAAGUACCUGGCUCCUGGCUUCGGAUCAGCACGGUGCGCCGGCAGCAGCGCGCCGGCCGUGGCAGCCAUUGGAGGGCGAACUAACGGCAAAAAAGAAAGACCUUUCUCUCUCUCUCUCUCACUGUCCACUCUGCCUGUCAAAAAAAAAAAAAAAAACCUGUAUUUUUAAAGAAACAAAUACCUCUCACAAAUUGUUUAAAAAUAAAAUUGUUAAAUGUGAAUUUAACAAGAAUCUCAUGUUUUGAAACUACAAAACACCGAUGAAAGAAAUCAAGGAUGACUAAGCCGUUAGCAAGGUGUACCAUAGGCUGGAGGAUUCAACAGAGCAAAGAUGGCAGUUCUUACAGGUUCAGCAUUAUUUCAUCAAAGCCGCAUCGACAUUUUUCUCCCCUUCCAGCGCCGAUGUGUGGACUCGGAGCCCUGGACGUCGCAACUCUCCCCGCUGUUGUCUGUGUGACAUGCACUCCCCUUCCCGCACUGGCGAGCAGACACUGCGGCUUCAGCGGCACCCGCGGCUCAAUAGAUGAUUUUUUAAAUGAUGAUGAAAUCAGAUCAGACCUAUUGUCAUGUUUAUCCCAGUGAGAGUCAAGUUGGGAAUUGA